AUGGAAUAUUAUUACUGUCCACGUUUGCUAAAGUUCCUGCAAUAUUUGUGGGACCAGCUGAAGCAGUGCUUCUCCAGGCAGCCCCCGGACGCCAAGGACACGGACACGCUGGUGCGGGAGCCCGACAGCCGGUACGGCACGUGGAGCCAGCGGCACCGCGGGGACAGCUUUGUGCCCGAAUCCCCUUCCUCAGAGAACGAUGUCAUUUCAACAAGAAAGCAGCCCCCAAACAGCCACCCCUCCUCCCUGUCCUCGCAAACGGAACCUGCCUCCCUGGCUGAUCACCAUGACUUCUCCAAAGACCAAAGGAGCACAAGUUUGGACCGUUCCAGCACUGACAUGGACUCUACUGAUGGGACUGAUUUACCUCCCCCAGGAGACUCAUACCCCGAUGAAAAGGCCACUGAUUUCUCCUUCAUUGAUCACACGGCUGUGCUGGACUCCAGCGCGCUGAAGACCCGAGUGCAGCUCAGCAAGAAGCGGCGCCGCCGGGCCCCGGUUUCCCACUCGCUGCGGAGAAGCAGAGGGCUGGAGUUUGAAAGCAGGUUUUCUUUGACUGAAGAGCCAGAUAAUGCCUGGAUGUUUAAAGAUUCCACAGAGGAGAAGAAAACUAUGCAACAGGAGGAUUCUGAUGAGGAAGGAAAGACACAGCAAACUGUGAGGUCACCUGCUGCCCAAGCUCAGAGGCUACCUGUGUUCCCAGGAAUGGACCACUCUGUUCUCAAGGCCCAACUGCGGAAAAGACAGGAGUCUGAGAGUGCUGGUGAUGCAGGUUCUGCUCAGCUGUUCAAAUCCCCAAAAGCUCAGCUGCAGCUGGGAGCUGCUGGUGGCAGAGUGCUGCCCUCCAGCGUGGAGAGGGAGGAGAGGUCAGAAGAAAAGUCUCCUCAGUGGCUGAAGGAGCUGAAGUCAAAGAAGAGACAGAGCCAUUAUGAGAAUCAGCUUUGAAAAGAUAGUGUUUCUAACUAGAAGAAGAGAGAGAAGUUUAACAGAAGCCUUAACUCACCUGAACCUACAAUUUACAUGUCAUGUUGCUGCUGUUUGCUUCCUGCCUCAACUGCUAUGUGCAUGGUGCCUUCCUGUUGUGUGGAGAAAGCUGCUUCCUAUUCAUAGUCAAAUACAAAGCUGGAUCUUCUCAGCUGUGGGAGGACAGUCACUUUAGACCUCCC